UCUUAGCUCUCCCUCUUCUCUCUUUCUCUGUGUCUCAAACCCAAAGAACACGGAGUUGGCGGCGACCCUUUCUCUCUCUGAUUUCAAUCAUGGCAGCUGUUGCUCCUACUUCUGACAAAACUGCAGAUUUAUUGCAAAAUUUGACCCUGGAUUCUGAGCCAAAAGCCAUUGGAGUUACUGAGCCUGCGAAGAAGAAUGGACCUGGUUUUUCCAAGGGUGCAGCUAAAGGGAUGGGCAAGCCGUUCAAUCCAAAUUCAAGCUUUGUUCCAAAUGGAUACCCUUCGGCAUACUAUUAUGGAGGUUAUGAUGGGCAAGGUGAUUGGAAUGUUUAUUCAAGAUAUAUGAACCUUGAUGGGGGGAUGACUCAGGGUGUUUAUGGAGACAACUGCUCUUAUAUGUAUCAUCACGGUUAUGGUUAUACACCAUAUGGAACAUAUGCACCGGCCAAUUCCUCUUCUCCCAUGAUUCAACAAGAUGGUCAGCAUUAUGCGCUGCAACAGUACCAAUAUCCAUGUUCUUACUACAAAUCUCCAGCUUCUGCUGAUGUGUCAUUUACUCCAAACAAAAUCACUCCUACACAAGAAGAAAUAUCAACUGCAGUUGAUGCUGAUCAUGUUGCUUCAUUAAAUGUUACGAGUAAAGGAAACACUGUUAACAUGGCCAAUAGUGAUUUUACAAAUAAAAAUGGGUUAAAGUCAUUUUUAACGGGUUCCCAGCAUACAACAUUGCAUUCAAAUGAUUCUUAUCAAGGGACUAGCUUGCCACCUUAUGCCCCUUUGUCAGGAUAUCAGGGCCCAAGAAUGAGUAACCAUGCUACACAAUUGCCAGUCCAAUCAGAUAUGUCCUUAAUAUCUGAUAGACAGUCCAAACAUGGAGCCAAGGUUGGUUUAUCUUCAUCAAUGACCCCUGUCAAAGAUUUUACUUCUCAAAGGAAUCAAGGACUUCUUCAGCAACUUCCACCUUUUCCGAACUUGAAUGGUUCCAGACAUCCAUCUGGACUUGAACUGGUUUCUGGAUUCAUGAACGGGAUGUAUCCAAGCAACAGGAUGUACAGCCAAUACGGGAACACAUUUAGGGCUAAUUCUCGUUUUGGAUCUGCUGCAUAUGGAUCCAGAAUGGGCUCAGUUGAUUACAAGCGUCAUGCCACAGGUGAUGGCUAUGGUUUUAAAAAAAGUAUGGAAGGUUUCACUGAGCUAAACAAGGGACCAAGAGCUGCCAAAAGUUCUGAUAAUAAAAAUAUCAAGAGUCUCGGACCUGUUACAUUACUACUGAAAGGACAGAACCUUCCAGUGAAGAGCGAUAACAAAGAAGUUCUUUUGGUACCCAAUAAGGAACAAUACAACGGGAAAGAUUUUUCUGAGAAUUAUUCUGAUGCCAAGUUUUUUGUCAUCAAAUCCUAUAGUGAGGAUGAUAUUCAUAAAAGUAUAAAGUAUAGUGUUUGGGCCAGUACUCCUAAUGGCAAUAAAAAACUGGAUGCAGCAUAUCAAGAGGCGAAGGGGAAGACUGGUGGCUGUCCCAUAUUUUUGUUAUUUUCGGUCAACACUAGUGGUCAAUUUGUUGGUUUGGCAGAGAUGUUGGGUCCUGUUGAUUUUGGUAAAAGUGUAGAUUAUUGGCAACAGGACAGGUGGACUGGUUGCUUUUCUGUGAAGUGGCAUGUCAUAAAGGAUAUUCCAAAUAGCGCAUUGAGGCACAUAACACUAGAAAACAAUGAAAACAAACCUGUAACAAAUAGCAGGGAUACUCAGGAGGUCAAGUUUGAGAAGGGAGUUCAAGUUGUGAAAAUUUUCAAGGAGCAUUCAAGCCAAACAUGCAUCUUGGAUGAUUUUGGAUUUUAUGAGGCUCGUGAAAAGGCAAGUCAGGAGAAAAAAUCUAAGGAGCAGCAGUUCCCAAAACAGACAGAUCAGCAAACCCAGUGAUUUAACAAUUGGGACAGUCACAUUGCUAAAGUCUCUAGAUGCUACCUUGCCGAAGGAAGCUGCUACUGCAAAUACAGCAGAAGAUAGAAUGAAUUCAGAGGGGCUCCUAGAAGGGGAUGGAUCGACCACAGCACCUGAAGACUCUUCUUAGAGCUGUUAAACCAAUGAUAGUAAUUCCGUGAUUUUUGUUUUUGUAUUGUUUUUUACCCAUUUCCUUAGUGAUGUAGUGAGUGCUGGUGUUUGUAGUUUCAAAAUCUCUUUGAUUAUGUGAUCUUGGUCUGGAGUGGAGUAUCUGAUUUCAGUUUCUUUUGUCUCGUUUAAUAAAACGCGCUUGCUUCGGUGGUCAUAAA